ACACGUGCGGCUGGUACAUCAGGGCUAGUGGUGGCAUCCUACAUAGAGCAAGGAAAGAUGAGACUUUAUUACCUGAGUGCUUAAAUCGCCGCACACUGUCUUCAAACACCUGCGCGCUCUUAUUUUGGCUGUUUCGGUCAAUUUGGGCUUGGCUCUUUCUCACCUGUGCGCAGCAGGUAGGCUAUCAUUUAGCUUUUUUGGUGGAGAGAGAGGUGUUUUCCACAGCGCACUGUGGAUAAAGACUCACUCUUCGGUUUCUUCAUGGCAAGAGGACUCAACAAUGUGUGCCUAGCAUGGCUGUGGCUCCUGCACCGACUACCCAGGGACCGGUAUGGCUUUUAGCCGCAUCACUAAACUGGACCCCCCAUCCCGAGGCAUCUUCAGGAAAGCGGCGGUCAUGCUGUGCUCCCUCCUCACCUCUCUCUUCCUCCUGCACUGCCUCGCCGACCGCUGCAGCACCACCUCGCCCUCACCGGUCAAAGCCUCCUCCGGCCGGGCUGCCGGGCUUUUCGAGGACUUGAGGUCGCUGAGGACUAAGAGACUUGUGUACGAAUGGACCGCCGGGUCGGAGCUGAUGGACUACGGGGCCGCUCGGCGCCCCUCGCUGGUCCUCGCUGACGAGCGCGCGAGGCAGGUUUUGGAGCUGCCCGAGGAGCCUCUCAUCUUGCCGCCUCCGGAUUUAGUCGCUUCCAGGAGAGUGUCACCGAGGUUUGCGGGUAAACUCAGUCCGCUCGGGGAGGGGAGCAAGAAGCUGCCCCAGGCUCUCAUCAUCGGGGUGAAGAAAGGGGGGACCCGGGCUCUGCUGGAGUUUCUCCGGGUUCAUCCAGACAUCAGAGCCGUGGGAGCAGAGCCGCACUUCUUCGACCGCAACUACGACAACGGACUGGAGUGGUACAGGGAGCUGAUGCCCAAGACUCUGGAGGGCCAGAUCACCAUGGAGAAAACUCCAAGCUACUUUGUGACCAGGGAGGCUCCGGCCCGGAUCUCCGCCAUGUCCCGGGACACCAAGCUGAUCGUGGUGGUGAGGGACCCAGUCACCAGGGCUAUCUCAGACUACACACAGACACUGUCCAAGAAGCCCGACAUUCCCUCUUUCGAGAGCCUCACCUUCAAAAAUAGGACUACGGGGCUCAUCGACACCUCGUGGAGCGCCAUCCAGAUCGGCAUCUACGCCAAGCACCUGGACAACUGGCUGCAGUACUUCCCCAUGGACCAGAUCCUGUUUGUGAGCGGGGAGCGCCUGAUCAGCGACCCGGCCGGAGAGCUGGGCCGCGUGCAGGACUUCCUGGGGCUCAAGAGGAUCAUCACAGACAAACACUUUUACUUCAACCAGACCAAGGGUUUCCCGUGCCUCAAGAAGGCAGAGGGCAGCAGCAAGCCCCACUGCCUGGGCAAAACCAAAGGGAGGACCCAUCCCAACAUUGACCCUGAGGUGGUGCAGAGGCUACGGGACUUCUACAGGCCCUUCAACAUGAAGUUCUACCAGAUGACAGGGCGGUUUUUUGGCUGGGAUGAAUGAAUGUGCUCUGUGACACUGAGGACUGUUGGAAAUACUAUGUCAGACUAUUAAGGCCAUGCUAGGAGGAAAAAAACAAGAGAUGUUGGGAAUAAAGUCACAAUAUGUCAAGAAAAAAGUCAUAAUGUUACAAGAAAAAAAGUUCUAAUUUUAGUCAAAAAUAUUUUGUAAAUGUCCUAACACUCAAGAAAAAUAGCUGUAUUCAGUAAAAGUUAGGCACAAUAACAAUAACCUAAUCUAGCAAAUUAUAACAUUUUGGUUGUUGUCUGAAAACACUGCCUUUUCUAAAAAUAAAAAGAUAAACUUUAUUUUGAUAAUAUUAUUAUGUUUUCUCAUAAAUGUAUUAUUCUAUUAUUUUUGUAACACUUAAGCUUUAUUCUGGUAGAAUUAUUAGAAUUAUUUUAUUUUAUUUUGUUUGUUUUAAAUUUGAAACAUAGCUAUACUACUAUAUCUAUACAUAGAUAUACUGUACAUUGAAAUGUUGUUAUUAUAUUCUCAAAAACUGAGAAUUAAGUGAUAAUUUUACAAGAAAACAAGUUGUUAUACUUUGAGGCUAUAACAACCAGAAUAUUAAAGUGCAAAUAUGUGUUUUUGUUAUCAAAAUAGGAAGAAAAUAUAUCCAAAAAUGUAAUAUUGUCAAUUUACUAAAAAUGUUGACUUUAUUUUGAUAACUUUUUCAGAAAUAUUCUGACUUUAUUCUUAAAAUCUUACAUUUUUUCUCCAACUGUGUCUAUAUUAUUCUGUCGUAGGAGUACGGCCUCAGCACUAACCCCAAGCAAUAUGUGGCUGUUACAGGAGAGAAGGAGGCCCAGUCUCUCCUCAGUGGCACCCCAGAUAUGCAAUCUUUCACUGUUACAUUUCCCAUCAUCAGAGCUGCCUCUAAUCCACAAUCAUGGAGAUGUUUUCCUCUGAGAAAAGACGAUUGAGUUGUUGAAGGAUUUGCGUCAUAUCUCCCUGCACUAUCUGAAGAAACAGUUUUUUUUUUGUUGUUGUUGUUGGUUAGUUUAAAGUCCUUAGCUGUGAGACAGUACUAUUGUAUGCAGUGAUUCUUUAAGAAGAUGGGUGAAAUCACAUUGUGUGCAGGGGCUUUUUUUUUACGGAGUGAUUCAAUGCCAUAUUUUACACAUACAUAGCUGCUUUCAAAUUUUCUAGCAAAAAGAAUAUGAAAAGAUAAAAAUAUAUGUAUUUUUGAAAUGUAUUUAUUCAAGAAGUACACAAGCAGUAUGUAUGUAUUUUGAAUAACUCCUCAGUGAUUAUUUGCUCUUUUAUUAUUGUGCUCCCCAUGCCUUUAGACACUAAAAAACAAGUUAUCCUCAUUUUACUUUCAGGUCAUCCAUUCUAAUAUAUAUUUACUAUACGUGGACAAGUGUGGGAACACUCGUCUCUGCUUAGCUUUCAGUUCCAGAGCUGUGACUUUGUUAUUUCAAGGGUUGCCCCCCACCUUCAGUUAAUGACGUUACAGGCAAUGAUAGCACUCGCUGUUAUUCAAGCAACAGCGACUCCGGUGGAGAGGAAGAGACCUCCAGAGGGCCUUCCUAAAAACUGUGACUCAAAUUUCCUCAACAUGCCUCCUCGUGAAUUGAAUACACUUGAUGUCACUGGCCUUCCUUGCCUCGAGGCGACGUGUGUGUGUGUGUGUGUGUGUGGAAGCCUUUUUAAACCCAGGGAGCAUGAGAACAAUGGCUGAGUUGUGUUCCUAAUUUCUGUCUGCUUGUAUUGUUAGCCACUUUCUGAAAGCAGAUGUUCCUCAGAAGACACAAAAUCAACAGUGUGUUUUUUGGUGUGAGCAACAGAGAAGAACCUAAUAUAGAUUUUGGGGGUUGAUUGUGUUACCAAUCUAACUGUGCUGUUCUGACUGUUGUUUACUUCAAGUUGUUGGGAUUUUUAAGGCACUCAUUGAAUAAAAGAUGUAUAUGUAAAUAUUUUAUUUA